GCGCACGCCCCGCCGCCGCUCGCGCACAUCCACACACACACGCGUCCGCGCGCCCGGAGCCGCUGACGGCGCCUACGCGGGGCUCGCCGCCUCCCCGACCCGCCGCCCGAGCAGCGGCAGCCGCCCGAGGAGGAGGAGGAGGAGGAAGAGGAGGCGGCGGCGUGCACGGUGCUCGGAGCUCUGGCCGGCUGCACUGCCCGGAGAUGUCGGGGGUGCUGGUGAUCGCUGCCUGGUGCUUCCUGCAAGUGGAGAGCCGGCAUCCUGAAAUCAUCGCCAGUAACAGCAACCAUGGCAAUUUCCUGGACAACGACAAAUGGCUGAGCACCGUUUCGCAGUACGAUAAAGACAAGUACUGGAACAAAUUCAGGGAUGAUGAUUAUUUCAGAAACUGGAAUCCAAACAAGCCUUUUGAUCAAGCCCUUGAUCCAUCCAAAGAUCCAUGUUUGAAGGUGAAGUGCAGCCCACACAAAGUGUGUGUCACUCACGACUAUGAAACUGCUAUUUGUGUAAGCCGCAAGCAGCUGGUACACAGCCUUCGACAAAAGAAAGGAAACUUGGCCCAGAAGCACUGGACUGGACCAGCUAACAUGGUGAAAUGCAAGCCUUGCCCCAUGACGCAUGCCAACGCUGUCUGUGGAUCUGAUGGGCACACGUAUACUACCAAGUGCAAGUUGGAGUUUCAUGCAUGUACUUCUGGCAAAACCAUCACAGCUCGAUGCGAAGGGCCCUGCCCCUGCCUUCCAGGGCCUGAAAGUUCAAAACACAAGCUGGAGAAGAGUGCUUGCACAGACAAAGAAUUGAGGAAUCUCGCUUCGCGACUAAAAGACUGGUUCGGUGCUCUUCACGAGGACGCAAAUCGAGUCAUCAAACCAACAAGCUCCGAGACGGCACAAGGCAGAUUUGACACCAGCAUUCUACCAAUCUGUAAGGAUUCCUUAGGCUGGAUGUUCAACAAACUUGACAUGAACUAUGACCUGCUGCUGGAUCCCUCGGAGAUCAGCGCCAUUUAUCUGGAUAAGUAUGAGCCCUGCGUCAAGCCUCUCUUCAACUCUUGUGACUCCUUCAAAGACGGAAAGCUUUCGAACAACGAGUGGUGCUACUGCUUCCAGAAGCCAGGCGGUCUUCCUUGCCAGAAUGAAAUGAAUAGAAUUCAAAAGCUAAGUAGAGGGAAGAGUCUGUUGGGUGCUUUCAUCCCACGGUGCAAUGAAGAAGGUUAUUACAAAGCCACUCAGUGCCAUGGCAGCACAGGGCAGUGCUGGUGUGUUGAUAAGUACGGGAAUGAGAUAGCUGGCUCAAGAAAGCAAGGGACAGUUAGUUGUGAAGAAGAGCAAGAAACCUCAGGGGAUUUUGGCAGUGGUGGAUCUGUUGUGUUGCUGGAUGAUUUGGAAGAGGAACCUGAAACAGCAAAAAAAGACAAAGAAGGGAAACUGAAGAUUCACGUAAGAGCAGCUAAUGAAGAUGAUGAAGAUGAAGAUGAUGAUAAGGAUGAUGAAAUUGGUUAUAUAUGGUAGUGCCCAUCAUAGUGAGGACUCACAUUUUGCACAAUAUUGCAAGUCACAUCAUAUCUCUGCAAUUGUAUCUGAGAGUACCUGGCACAAAUAUUCCCUCUCUACUGAGUUUAAUUUUGUAUAGUCUAUUUAAUUUGGUAGGCAACUUUUUUUUCCUGCAAGGACUGUUUGGAAAACAGCUUUUGUUCAGUUGGUUUGGGGGAUUUUUGUUCUAUCCACAGGGGCAAUGAGUUUUGUUUCAAAAACAUUUCAUGUGUUAAUCCUCACUUGCACAGCUUAUGAAAUAUAUCCUGUGAAAGAACUGCAGAAGGGGCUCAACAAACCAAUACAAGGCUUAGAAGCCCUUCUUGUGUUAGAGCAUUUGUGUCAUAAAUUGUUACCUGGAUCAUAUCAGAAACAGUUACUUUUCUUUCAUGAAGAUGGAAAAGUACGUGCCUCAUUUUCUACUCCAUAUCUGUUACAUUCCAGUAAGGAGUAAGUCUCUUUGGACGGAGACUUCUGGCUGCCCAGCACCAGGGGUUUGAUCCAGAAAGAAACCCACUGGCGGGAUUUGCUUUUCCUUACAUUCUCUGAGAAUGGGUCCAACAGGCUUAGACCAGCCCACACUGAAAGCAAAGCUCCCACCAGAGCAAAGAUCAGCUCACUGACACUGGUUAUUUGGUUAAGGAACACGGCCUUGAUCUUAAGAGAUGCUGGGAACCUGCAGCUACCAUGUACCAAGCCCUACAGGCAGGGAACAGAGUCCAUCUGCCUUUCAAAGUGUUUAAGGAAAGAAUGUUUUGUGAAUUUGUAGCAUCAAAACCCCCUCCAUAGCUGUUCCUCAGCUUCUGUCUGAACUCAUUUGCACUGAGAGUUGCACUAACAUGACGCAGGCAGCCUCUGCCUCCUGCUCACACAUUGUGGAGCUGCCUGUUCUUCAUUUAGCAAUCCUUCAUUCCCAAGUUAUAAAGCUGUCAAAGACACUAACCAUCAAAAGUAAUAAGCUGUCAUUCCUUUAAUUUAAAUAGAUAAUAUUUAUUUGGCCUGUUUAAAAAAGCAACUUUAGGUGGUCAUGUUUCAAAAGCAGAACCCCUUUGCUCAGUGUGACACGCUGCACACUCAUAAAUCACACACGUAAAAGAGAACAGUAUUAAAAUACAAUCUGUGAGUCCCUCCGCAUCGCCCAUAGCCUCAUAGCUCUUCAGUUGUAUCGCAGCAUAUUGACAUGAAAUUCUUUGCUAUGUCCUUUCCCAUUGCAGUUCUCUGAUGCAGUAAUGUACUGUGGUGACCUUUUAUUAUUUUUGCUGUUUUCAGAAACAGUAAGCGGUUCCUUAAGCCCACGCUUGCAUUAGGAUGCAGAUACAAGUAUUUUAGCAGCACCUGUGAUUUGCCUGUGAGUUAUUUUGCAGAAUGAAAAAUGUGCUUAUUACACAGAAAACUCAUUAGUCUAAUUAUUUGUCCUCUGAGUUAGUGCUGGAUGUAGAGGUGGCGGCAGUAUGGAGUUAAAACAUGGCUAGUUACCUAUUCACGCAAAAGUAGGCAAAUACCGUGCGGGCUGGCAGAAUGUUUUAAGGACACUGGCCCAAGGGCUGUGGUCCUCAGCCCUCUCCAAAGUCAGUGCCCACUGCAGAGGCUGGCAGGGCUUUGCAGCCCCUCUCCCUCUCUGUAGGACCUCUGCUUUCAGAAACGAUCAGAAGAGCAAUAGAGAAGAGGAACUCCUUUCAGAGAACACGUGUUGCAGGGGCUCAGUUGUUUUCUCCUCUUUCAUUGCCUGUCUAUCUAGAUCAAUGACCUGAGACCACAGAGCAAGCCUGCAUAAUUGUUUUUAAUGCAGAAGGGGGUGUAAAAUCGUGAAGAAUUUGUUGUGUGUUGGUCACACCCUCGCAUCCUCCCAAAAAUCUGCCAUCACAGGCAUUUGCAAAAGGCCCGCAAUCCUCCCUGUCGCAAAUCCCUUUGGUUUUCCUAUAGCUUUUGGAAAUUUAUUUAAAAAAUCAUUGUCCAUGAGCUGCACAGCACACGCGCACUCUCGCUGCCUUUCAUAGGAAAUGACACUAACUUGCAAAAGGAACAGAUACAACCAGCAUUUUUGUUUCCUUAAACAGUAUGAUUUUGUGAGAAGCAAUCAACCACCAUCAGUAGCUGGUUUCCCUCUCAUAUUUUAUUAAUUAAACCCAUACUCUCUGGGUCUAGCGCUGCUGUCCUGUGCCAGACCUGCCUAAGGCACAGCGUUGCCUUUUCACGCUGACAUAAAUCUGAGCUCCACGAUCAGUAGAGUUAUUCUCCUCCUGCCUGGACUCAGUCUCCACACACAGCUAGGGUUUGGAGGUUUUUUUGUUUUGGCUUUUGUUUGUUUUGUUUUGCAGUUCCAUGUCUGCACCAGCUUAUCUUGGAACUAUGCAUUACUUCAAAAGCCACACAGUAAAUCCCUUCCCCUGCCCAGCACCUCACCAGGGUAAAGCCUGCCUAACCAAGCCCUUGCAGGCAACUCCAGGGUCCAAAGUUGCAGCCUUUCUAAAUCACAUGCAAACAUGGAAGAUGGCUAAAUAAGCCUUUGAAUGUUGACAUCCUUCAGUUUACAUGUGCAGACAUGCCACUGCCAUCCAUUUCUCACCACUGGUGAGCCUCUCCUAGCUGCAAUCUCUCACAUGCAACUACUCCAAAUCAGAGGUGGCAGUUUUAUGUCUUUAUUUUAGACUAUGAAGCACUUACUGUCGCUCAGACUGAUCAGCACAAACAUGCUGUGGAUCCCAGUCACAUGGCUCUGUGCCCAGCACAGCCAGGCAUGAGGGCAGAUGCCCUGGCUGGUUUGGCUGACCUCUGGUAGCACAUUUCCCAGCACACAGAAACACACACACCACCACCCCCAUGUCCCAUUUUAAGCCCACUGGCCCGGAUUCAGGAAGGCACCCCAGCCUGGCAAUUGUUCAGUCACCUGCCUCAGUUGUCAAAUGUUCUUCUGAAUCAGGGCCAGCAUUGGGGCGGGGGGGGUGGGGGGGAGCCAUUUGAUUGACUGGGUCAGUUGGGUGCGACUAUAAAAGAGUUUAGCGAGAGCAGCGGCAGGCCACGAGGUGCCGCAGCCAGCCAGAACCGGGCAGACGGGCUGCCGUGCUUGGACGGGCAGCUCAGGCUUGGACAGGCAGCUCAGGCUUGGACGGGCAGCUCAGUCUACGGAUCGCUUUAAGAGCAAGUGCCCAACUAGUACAAAAUGAUUUAGCAAAGCUCUUCUGUGAUCCGCUGGCAUCCUCCGGUGGCUGGGGGAUCUGCAGCCUAUGUAUACAUGUGUGUAUAGCUGUGUGUCUGUGUAUACACAUUUAUACACAUAUAUGUGCGUGCACACGUGUGUGCGGGUGUCCAAUUUGGGAAGAUGCCCGUUUUAUUGCUUCAAAAGAAACCAGCAAUUCUACCAAGAACCAGUGCUCUUCCAGAUCAAGCCCCUUCCAUUCAUCAUGCUUUGUAAAGGAUUUAAUUUGCUUUCAGCUUAAUUUAAUUACUUACUUUUUCUUUUUUCUUCCUUUUCUAUUAUUUUUUUUUUUCCUUUUCUAUUCUUUUUUUUGCAAAGCAGGACUUCCCAUCUGCAUCAAGCCAUCUUCAGUGUGAAAAAAUGGCAUCAGAGUUGUCCCAUUCUUAUAGAGACACAAACCAAUUUCUAAUCUCAUUUUCUUUUCUUAUUAGAGACUAUGAAAUACUGUUGGGUGUUGCUUUAUGUUUCAAGGUGUCCUUUUCACUACUGUGGUUAAAUCAAAAGCUCCUUGAGUUCAGAUUUCAGCACGGUUCGGUUGUUGGGUCAUUACUGGCCUUUGCUGUGAACACAAAGAAUCCUUUUCUUUUUCGUCACCUUUUUUUUAAGCUAUUCUGUACUAUUAUUUGAAACCAUUUGAAGUGUUUAUUUAAUAUUUAUUCUACAGUUUAUAUUGAAAAUGUAAAGUUUAUAUUUAAAACAACACUGUUUGUUAGUGAAUGCUUCUCUUUGCCUCUCCAGCCUAGUCUGUUAGUCUCUGGCAUGGGAAUAUUUUGAUAUUAGAAGUUUUGUAGCAUUUUUCCCCUCAAGCAGCAAAUGACAUAGAUCUAAGGUCACCACUUGAUACGGACCACCAGAUCGUUCAAGCUUAGCUUCCUACAUUUGUUGGCUUUUAUUGCAGUCCCUUCUGUAUGCCAUUCAAGUUCCUUUAAUACAUAGACUGCUUUGUACAGUUACUACACAUCAAAAAGCCCUUUCUACAGUAGGUGGGUUUUGGUCUUUUUAUACUUUUCUCAAUGCUGUUGAUGUCCGUUACUGUUUAAAUGUGUAGAUCUUUAAGAAGAGAUCCAAAUAUUACGUGUUUCAGUUUGAUGUCCCUACUGUAGAUGGAUGUAGACUGUCAUAGUAAGUAGAUUUGCAUAGUAGAUUCUGAAUGCUUUUUCCAUAAGGAGUUAAGUGGAAUGUGAGCAUUUUGCUAUCUUUGGUUAACUGUAAAUGCUUAACUGUAGUCUGAAAUAGUUGCAUUUUUGUCUGUCUCAAUAAAUUUUAAUUUGUCUGCGA